AAAAAUUUGGUUCUUUUCAAAUUUGAGAUUUUAACCAAAGAAAAUAGCAGAGAGGUUGUGUGUCCGGAAUUCAAGCUGUUUAAAGGUCAGCGGUGACGGCGGCGGUGGAACCGGCUUUAAGGGUCGUGGGUGCUGUCCUUAACGUGGGGUGCUUCUCUCUUUGAAGUGCCUUUGAACAAGAGGUGGUGGGAGCAGAACGGUGACGCAGAGCCACACACUCACCUUUAAAAUCUGUCAGUGGAGCGUCCGUCACCCUCAUACAGAUCCAUCUUCAGUUCCGGACGCAUCAAGACCUCAGCAGAAAGGAAAAAAGCUUUGGAUUUGUGUGCAAAGACUUUACAUUCGCAUCAUAUCACAUCAUCUGGAGACAACCAUGUGGGUCUUCGGGAAGAUCAGAGAGAGCGUGGAGAGCAUUCCUCUCGAGCUGAGUCGUUACGUGGGAAAGAGUGAGGAGGAUAUCAGCGUCUCUCACAAUCUGCACAACAACAUCCUCACCCCAGACAAGAUCCCAGAGUUCUGCCUGCCCCCUCGGCUUUGCAGGAGAAGCACUCUGCUGGAAACUGAGACAGCAGAACCUCACCCGCACAGCCAGAACCAGGUAGCCAACAGCAGCCUCAUUUCAAACACUACACAUGUAAAGCUGAAGGAUGUGAAGGAUGGGAGGAUGAAGAAUAGUGAUGCAUCAUUGGCUCUGAAGGCUGCACAAAAACAUCUGCCAUUCUCUGCAGAAGGGUAUGGCCUGGCAGGGAUAUAUGAGAGCCCCAACACUCGCAGGAAAGAGUCUCUGUUCCACUCAAAGUGCCCUGUUUACAUGUUUGACAGAAACAAUCGUACUGCCGCCCCAAGACUGGCAAAACAGACGAACCCACCUCAGAAAACUUUAUAUGGGUUUCUCCCUCAGUUUUUAUCCAAGAGCCUGUCAGAGACAGGAAGCACAGAAACUGAAACAGCUUCUUCCAGCGACUCCUCUCCGCUCAGUUCCCCAGAUAGUGCUAAAUCCUCCCCCUGCAUCCCAUCAGGCACUCGCCGUCUGAAAGGGGCAACAUCCUGUCCCUCAUUAACUGACAGCAGGGAGAGCAGAGGCAGGUGGAAGAGGGCAGUUUUAGGUUUAAAAACCUCUCCCAGUUGCCCCCCCAGCUUGGAGGCAAGCUCACUCACCUUAGCCCCAACUGUCCUCUUCCAGCUGGACGUUCUGCAGUGCCAGGAGAGACAGCGCGAGCACAUCCUCGCUUUGCAGGGCCGUGGUAAGGUGCGCCUCUUAGCUGAGCACACCACCUUCUCCACCAACACGUUCUCACCGCUUUUCACAGUCAGAGUCCGUGUGGUGUCCGUGGAAGACCUUUUGGAUGACAAUGAGCGACGAUCCCUGAACUGUGCAGUGAGUCUGUGUCUGACCCCCGGGAAGCUACAGCAACAGCAGAGCGCCACCAUCAGGAACUGCCACAGCCCCGUGUUCAAUGAAGACUUCUUCUUCACUGAGCUCAGCAGAGAGGAUCUGCUGGAGCUGCAGCUCAGGUUAAAAGUGGUGGACAAACCUGCAGCUGGAACACUGAGGAGAGGGACAAUCCUCGGAGCGAUCACCAAACCACUGCUUCAGCUACUCCCUCUCAAAAAAAUAGACAAAGACUAACUCAUUUUUGUGUAAUCGGAGCACAUGAUAUGUGAAUAUGUACAAGAAAAUGCUUGAGGAGCGGGACAUAGUAAAAACAUAGCUUGUUAGGCGAUAUGUGCAUUUGACAGCCACUAUGUGAUUUUCUGGGAAGGUAAGAUAACAAAGCAAUUAGCAACAGUAUUACAAUAUGAUGUAAAACGUAUGCACUUUAAAAUUAAAGCUAAAUAUCACUAAUAGAAUAGAACUUUAGUCAAUAGUUUUUGUUGACAAAAAAUGAAAUUCAUUACAAACCAUUUAUCAUGCACUUGUUUGUUGCACCUGAUGUUUGGAAUACUUUGUAAAUGGUUAAUAAAUUCUGUGUAGUUCAUCAAUAAACAUUGUUUGAUGGCAAUUAUAUAGAUAUUUAGUGAUAAUGUUCAUCAUACAAGGAACGGGCAGAGGAUCACA